AGCUCCCACCGACAACAUCGACUUGAAAGAAAACAUUCGACAUAAAUAAAAAUGGGUAAACUGCUAAAAUUCAUAAAGAAAAUGUUCAAGAAAAACACUUCGGCCAAACAGAACGCGAACAUCGUUGACAUUUCUUGUGACUUGGAACCGGCUUACAUAGAGACCGACCUGCGACGUCAGUACUUGCAGACCAUGGUGGAGAGUCUGCCGGCGUCGGUGCAGAGCAAAAUAGUGUUCAUGAAGAACUUGCAGCUGGACCAGCUCCAAGUGGACAAGGAAUUCUACGAAAAGGUCUUCAAAAUGGAGAUGGACGUGUAUGCGAAGAGCGAGAAGAUGUACCAGAAGCGCAGGGCCAUUAUCGAGGGAACCUGGGACCCGCCGGAUACGAUGCCCAAUUUUAAAGAGCCCGAUCCCUUGGAGCCGCAUGUGGCGGAACAUUUUCGUAAGGCCCUGGCCAAGUACAAGUCGGUGCCCGCCGUGACCAAGGGCAUUCCCGAUUUCUGGAUAACCGUGUUCCGCAACACGUGCAUCGCCGAGAUGGUCCAGGAGCAGGAUGCGAUGGCCUUGCGCUACCUGGUCGAUAUAUCGAUUGUGUACGGCAAGAAAAAGCCCUCAUUCAAGUUGAAGUUCCAUUUCGCCGAGAAUCAUUACUUCAAGGACCCGAUCCUCACCAAAACGUACUUCCUAAAGUGCUCCAUCGAUUUCAGCGAUCCGUUCUCCUUCGAGGGGCCCGAGAUAACCCACUGCAGGGGCUGUGAAAUCAACUGGGAGCCCACCAUGAACCUCACCACCGAGGUCUGCGGGAAGAAGCAGCGGCAUCGCGGCAGCGGAGACCAGCGCAUCAUCUACGAGACCUAUCUGUCCGAUUCGUUCUUCAACUUCUUUGAUCCGCCGCUGGUGAAGGUCCGCAAGGAUGACGAUAGCGAGAAGCACAAGGUCCUGCGAGCCGACUUCAAAAUUGCCCAAUAUCUGCGCACUAGGAUCAUACCGCGGGCGGUUCUCUACUUCACGGGCGACAUUGUCGAGGAGAACUUCGCCAAGGAUGAGGACGACACCACCGACGUGGAUAGCGGCGACUCCGACGACUAUUACGACCACGAUGAAUGCGACCUGACCGAUGCAACCGACAAUUCAUGAUUUAUACAUUUCCUACGUUCCUUUUCAUUUUCAAUUCGAUUUAUAACGCAUGUAUAUAUAUUUUGGUACACGUAUCUAUUGGAUACGAACUCGCCACGGCAGCAGCAUUAAAGGCCAAGUAUGUACAUAGAGAA